AUGGCGGGCGCACUUUCGCCCUCGAUGAUCAACAUUCAGGUCCCCUUUGCAGAUGCAGGUCAUCUCAAGGCACCUGGCUAUCUUUCCCAGCCCACCAGCUCGGCUCCAUCGCCGCAGAAGAAGCAGCGCCGUUCGUCUCCGAGCAAGGGUCGCUCGCUCACACCCUCCAUGUCGGCAUCCUCUUCGUCGCCCCUCAAGAAGGGCAGGACUGGCUUCAAGCGCACAACCAGCACCGCCAACAUCAUGGACACGGUCAUGAACUCGAGAGUGGCUACCGAUCACGACGCUGUGCCUGCCUUCCGCCUUGGCAUUCCCACUUCCACCUCCAACAUCUUCGAGUACAGCCGCUCGUCGCCCAUCGCCUCGUCGUCCCAGACCACCUUGGCUGACCUCGAGAAUGAUGAGGCCGCCAACGUGCUCUCCACGCCUCGCCGCGGCAAGCGCGUCGGCAACGUGCACAUGGGCUGGGAGUCGCCCCUCGAUGCCGAUCAGACUCCCACCGCCGCCUCGGUUGCUGCCACGGCUCCUCACACGCUGCCCAAGUCGUCCCGCACUCGGGCUUCCGCGCAGAGUGUCAGCGUCGAGGCUUCGCCUUCCAAGCGCAAGGCAUCCACCGCCUUUGCCUCGGAGCUGCGCCUAUCGCGACGCAGCCUCGUCGACACGGCCGGAUGGGCUUCGGCCGCCAUGAUCAGCUCGGUGCCCCUCGCCGAAGACCGCAUCAACAGCUCGCCCGGCUUCUCCCCUCGCUUCAUCGCCGAGCCCGCUAUGACUGGCCUGGUCAACGCUGAGACCCGCGAUCCACUUGCUGCCUUCACCAACGAUGCGUCGCCAGUGUGCAGCCAGAACCCAAGGCUCGUGCCUGUCGAGGUCGAGGGCCUUGGUCGCGUUGCCGUUCAUCCGGACUUUGCGCAGCAGAUCGCCGAAUCGCCUCGUGCCGCGCAGUCUGACGCACACCGACGAUUCUCCACUGCCUCGGAGCGCGAAGCUGCCUUGCUUCGCGGCUCGGACUCGGAAGAUUCGGCCGCUCGUAGCGAGAACGGAUCCUCGACGGAUCCGACUUCAGCAGGCACACCAUGCCCCUCGGGCGUCUCGCCCAGUUUCUCGCUCUCCUCGCAGUUCCCCUGCUCGGAACCCAUCUCUCCGACCAAGAAGGGGGCCACAUCGGCAUCCUACGCCGAACACCACGCAGCCGAUACACAAAAGGCGCUGUCUGCGCUCAUGCGCGUCGCUCCGACCGACGCCAUGGCGCAGCAAAAGCUCUGGUGCCCCCGUCUCGGCGGCAGCGCCGCUACCGUCGUUGCCAAGCUGCCCACCCUCGAUUGGCCCGAUCGUCCCGACGGCCCCUGGUCUGCUGCCGGGCGCCACAUCGACGAGCUCAAGCAGAAGCGGCGCCAGGGAAUCCAGCGCUGGCUCGAGUCGGAUUCCGCCGACGAGACCCAAGAGGACGCUCAAGAAUCGUCGGGCGCCGCCUACCGCCACCAUCCAAUGGUGGCCAAGGCCUUGCUCGACCGCGCCCGCAAGCAACACCGCACUCAGGUGUCUGCUGCCACUGUUGCUGCCGCCAGAGCCGACUCUCCCUCGAAACGCGGCCGCAAGCCGAAGCAGCCGCACCUCUUGCACGUGCACGAGACCCCGUCCAAGCGUCGCGGACGCAAGCCCAAGGUGGCUGCCUCCAUCGCCAGCUCGUCGCGCAAGUCGGUGGCGACGGGUGCCUCGCUGGCGCGAUCCAACACGAGCGCCAUCAUUGGCUGCAGGUGCGGCAUCGACGACGACUCGAUCAUCAUGGUCCAGUGCGACGGAUGCCGCAGCUGGCUCCACCUGCCCUGCGUCGGCGUCAACACGGUCAACGACCUCGACGACGAAUGGUACUGCGACGACUGCUGCGACGCCGCGCUCACCGAGCAUCUCUCGCCCGCCUCGUCCAUGCCCACCUCGAUCGGAUCGUACGCGCAUCUCAGCACGCCCGAGGCACUCGAAGCGGCACUGGCUGGCCAGGAGCCCGUCUUCACUCUGCCGAGCGGCACGCCCAUCCACCGCUACGGUGUGGCGGUGUCGUCCUCGAUCGCCCUGGCGCCCAGCCCGCCCCUGCUGUCGGUCGGCGACCGUGGCGGUCGCAGCACGGCCAAGCGCCAGGGCCAGGGUCGAUCGCGUGCGGAGCGUGUUGGUUGGAGGAUCAACGAGCCAGGCUCGCCGCUCGCGCGCAAGAGCACCACCGCCUCGUCGGGCGUGCGACCGGCGGUCCCCGAGACGCCGUCCAAGUCGAGCGAGGCGACCGUCGACUUUACCGAUGCCAGUGCGACGCCCAGCCUGCUUGCCGGCUUCUCGCGAGCCGACUGGGAACCGACCCGCGCUCGCAGGGCGUCGGAGCGUCAGACGACGCCCACUCGCGUGCUCGGCAUGAGCACGCCGAGCCGCCACGCUUCGGGACGCAAGCCAAGCCACUCGGGACCGCUGUCGCUCGGUCUGUGCGACGACGAGCCGCCGCACGCCGAUCUUUUCUCGACGCCUUCGCGACUGGCAUCGGGCGGCUCGUGGGCCUACCGCGCCGGUGGUCAGCCUCUGGGUAGCCAGACGCCCUCGCGCUCGGGCGGCCGACACCAGCGCAUCGACUCGUUCAGCGGUGGCCUGCUCUCGACGCCCGGUCGCGACUUCCUCUCGGGCGCUUUCGGAACCGAGCCAUCCACCAGCAUGCCAAGUCUCGUGUACAGCAGCGGCUACAUUGAUGGGCUCGACGACCAUCUCAGCGGCGACGGCUUCUACAGCGGCAGCAACAGCCGCGCUUGGCAGCUUCAGUCGCCCACGUCGAGCACGCGCGCCGCCAGGGCGAGGCAGCCUUCUGGCUUUGGCACGCCGUGGUCCAGCUCGCUGCUCAAGACGCCCGAGCUGCAGCCACGACAGGCACACACGUCGUCGGUGCGUAGCGGCAGGUACGACACGAGCGACGACUUCCCGCCCUCGUCCUCGCCGUUCCCCCGCACUCCGACGUUCGACAUGAGCAGCCCGCGUUUCACGCCGCAUGGUUCGCACCACAGCUCGGGCGCGCUCGAGCGCCACCCGAGCCACCUGGGACUUGGACUGCCCUCCAGUUCCUCGGCACGACUGCACAAGGCGCUCGGUGCCGACCUGCACAAGGGCGGUGCCAGCCGCGACGACAGGUCGCUUUCGGCCAGUGCGCACGCCAAGCACAGGCAGGUGUCCACCGAGGUGCCCAUGGGUCUUGGUAUCGGUCUCGACCUCGACGACGUCCUGGACUGGUCCUAG